UGACUAAUCAAUGAUGCUGGUUGCAAUCGGUUGAUUUGUGGUUACGCUAGGUGGUGGACAAUUAAACGGCGGCGAUUUCUAAAAUUGCGCGGUGCGCGAACAUCUUUAACCCGCGGUAACCGGCUGUCUGGCUAGCUCGCGCGCCCUUUCCUACCAUAUUCGAGUUUGCGUUCGCGUUCAUCUUGGCGCUGUCCCAAGUUCACGGUCAAUUUUGCUUUUCUUUUGGUCGUAGUUCGCCGCUUUCGAUCGUCGCUCAAACGCGAUAGCCACGCUAGCCUUUGCUACCGGUCAAUAGUCGCUUGUGUUCGAAUCGCGUCGAAAUGAAUCGGUUUACGUGAAUUUUUCCAACUGAUUUGGUGUACUGUGUGCGGUGUUAUUGUGUUGGUGUAGGAUUCGCUAGAAGCAUCGCGCCAUGUACGGAUCGGUUGUCAAUUAUUUCAUCGGAAAAUCACGUCGCAGAUGUUGGACCAGCGCACCUCACAUGCUGUUAAUGUUGGCGGCAUGCAGUGCCAUCACGACCUGGACGCAAAAUGUAUCUGGCGAAAUUUCCAACCACAUAGAAGAAGUACCGAUAAAAGAGCGCUCCAGCGUCGACUCGACCGAACCAAAGCUGCUUGAAAAAUCAUCAAUCGCCAGCGUCAGCGACUUGAAAUCCAACGAUUCGGAAAAGCUGCGCCAAAGCAGAUACCUGAGAACACUGCCACCGUCAUCCCUUCCCUAUCGAUCAAAACAACAACGUUCAUCCGUCUCACCAUCCGCAGCGGUGGCGGCGGCUGCCGCUGCGGAAGACGAUCUCAGGCAUUUUGGAAAAAUUCUCAAGUAUUACGCCGUCCCGUACGACGGUGGUGGAGGUGGUAAAUAUCCUGGCCGAGGACCAGAACCGAUGUCGCCGCUGCCGUCGCGUCCAGCUUUCGCGCCAAAAUCGCGUUACAGGUAUCACAAGGACGAGGUCCAUUACGCGCCGGCAGCGGCAGCCAAAAAUAAAUGGCGUUUGCGUGGCGGAAACGGUGGCGGUGGGUUCCCUGGUCACGGUGGAUUCGCUUCCGAACAGUUGAUACCUUACGACGACUACUACGAAGGUGGACACUCGACUGAGGCGACUCUCGAGGACGACGACGAUGGCGGCGCUGGGUUCUACGACAGCAGUAACAACGAAGAUGACCAGCGAGAUAAUUGGUAUGUGGAGAAUUAUCGCAAACUGCAGGCUCAAAAACAUCGUCAGCCGGCGUAUGAAGAUACCGAAGUUGCUCUUUCGCUGCAGCACGCGGUUGGAAAACGUCUUCCUUUUACUAGUCAUGAACGCGAUAAUUCGGAGCAUUAUGGACCGAAUAUGGCAGCUUUCAGUGGUGGUGGUGGCGAUUCGAGAUACCAUAAAUUCAACAAGUUGAACCGAGGCAGAGGCGAAGCAUCCGGCGAAUGGUUGGGUGGAAAACGAGGUGGUAACGUCAACUCGUUCACGAAACAGCAUCAUCAUCGUUUGCAGAGACCUUUCAACUCGCCACCGCAGCCACACAAGUACUCGCCUUUCGAUCUGGACGAAAGUCAUCAUCGAUUCAAACUCGAUUAUUCGCAAUCCAGACAUCCUCCAAUGAAUUUCCACCACGAUGUACACGAUGACCAAAGUGAGAAGCAGGAACGUGAAAACGCCAUCAAAUUACAUCUCCAUCGUCGUCGCAAUAAGCAAAGGUUACGUGGUGAUCGAGAUCGCGAGCGUGUCAAGUACCCUUCAUCGUUAUUUGGAGGCGAUGGCGGCGAUGAUGAGGAAGUCGAUCAAGGAGCCAGCGUAUACGAGUCAUCGGCAGAUGUCGCUCACGAUCACGAAAACGCCAUUGCGACUUCUUCGGCGAGACGCCCAUUGGCAGGAUCAUCAGUUUACGAAGACGACGUCGUGUAUAGUUCGAGAUACCGCAAUAAACAAGCAGCUGCUGCGGCCGCCGCCGCUGGUGCUGCUGUAGGUGGUGGUUCCGAUGAUAUAAAUGUCGACGAAGCUGAUCCGUCUCGUUUAUUCGUCAAUUACCACGAUCACGAUCAAACAGCCGCCGGUGGUACUUUAUCGUCGAGGAAGAAAUCGAAAUUCUCGAUAAACGAAGAUAGUCGUAAAUCCAAUUCAGCAUCAUCUUCGAUCGGUUCCGAUGAAAUAUACGAAGACGAGGACGACGAUCGCGACAACGACGCUGCUGCAGCCAUAAAUAAAAACUAUUCGUUGAAGAAAUCGAAUCGCAAAGUUUCCAAGUCGACUGGCUCGUUCGUCUCAGCUUCAUCUACGUCUUCGCCGACGAGUUCCUUUUCCGCAUCAUCAUCACCGUACAGCAUUAGAAAAGUAAACAAUCGUCGAUCAUCUAUGACGACCUCUUCGACAACACCUCCACCAACGUCAUCGGCCACUACAACGACCACGAUGGACCUGGACGACGCUUGGCAUCUGCAGACUAGUCAUUCGUACGGUGUCAGCGGCGGCGUCGUAGAUGCAGAAUCUGAUAUGAAUUCGUACUCGAAUGCGGACGAAGCAGCUGGAGGCGGAGGUGACUUCAAAUCGCAGUCGCAUUUUCAACCUGAUGGUAUUUCAGCGAGCGAACUAAUUGCUUAUAUGAGUGCGAGCCCUUCUGAAACGGUAGUCAAUAAACAGGAUAGGUAUACGAGGCCUAAUACGCUCGGAUACCCUUUCGUGCGUACGUUUUCUGAACAGCAUGAUAAACUGAAGUCCAAGUAUUACCAUCAUUCGCCGUUACCGUCGAUUAAUGACCAAGAUUUCGAGAUCAAUCUAGAUCAAUUUAGCUAUCGUCGUCGAUGAACGUCACCCAACAACUCAACGCACACUGUUAUGCCAACUCUGUUACCCUGCUAGGAUGGAAAUUGAUCUGUUUGGUCAGCUAUGAAGUGCCACAGUGUGUUAAUGAAAGACUUAUACGAUGAGAACGAGGGUCAUACAUUGCAGCAAUUUACCCAACACCAGAUACAAAUCUUGAAUCCCAUACACCAGGAAAAUCCUAACUAAUUUAUUUGAAGUAGAUUUUAAAACAAUUAUUGAUGAAGGCAGCACUCCUUACAGGCAGUGACAGUUGCCAAUUGAGGUAGAGGUAACGGCCCAGUUUUUUUCUUCAACUUUCAUGUAAAAAAAAGGCACUUUUUGGUGUAUUUAAAGAAAACAUCGAAUUAAGUGGUCACAACAGCAGGACGAACUGGUGCGAGAAGAAACAACGAGCACCCUUUUUUUUUGGUAAUUUAAAAUUUUUUUCAACCAAAGUAUUAAAACUAAUAAUGGACGAUUUUGUAAGCAUUGAUUCGUCAAGAACGGUAUAUUGCACACACCAAUUCGAACGAGCUCGUCAGUUUUACUCUCAUUUCAUUUAAUCACGUGAAAUUCCGAACGGGGGGGGGGGUUAAAAACAGGGCCGUUACCACUACAUAUCCUGCAAAAAGUUGAUCACAUUCAAGAUUUAUUUUUGAGGUACAUUCGUUGUAUUCCAAAAACGUGUGCAAAAUUUUCAGUACGCUCUUGAAAUAAAUUAUUUAAUUUUGUU